UAUUCUGUGGUGGGUUUUUAACCUAUGAAAGCAAGUUGUAUUUUGUAAAUAAACAAAGAUCCUAUUAUAAAAGUUGAUAUUUCCUUUUUUUAAAAUGAUUACUAGAAGCUAAUAUAAAAGUGCAAUGUUGAGAACUGUAGGUUCAACUACAAAAUUCGGCUUAAAUACUGAGGUUGUAUUUACAAAACAUCAGCGCUCAUUAAUACGACUGCAAAGUUACUCUCAAACUAGAAAAAUAGUCUCAAAACCCACAUCUUCUGAAGUGUUAACCUGCUAUUUACAACAGUGUAAUGAACCUCCGUGGACUUCAUACUUUGUUAAAUACAGCAGUAUAGUCGACGAUCAGUGGGGCCGUUCGCAUUUUAAUUGGAAAGUUGCCAAUUCAAAUUAUCACAUUUUAAGGACGGGAUGUUUUCCAUACAUAAAGUAUCAUUGCUCCAAACGUAGAGAACAAGACCUAAGAGUUGAAGAUUUGUUCUUUAGAUUUAUAAAGGUGUUUAAUUUAGGUAUACCUUGUUUACUGUAUGGAAUUGCGGCUAUAAUGAUGAUACGACACAUUGAGGUUGUACACACACCAAAAGGUCCGGUAAAUAUAUACUUUCUGUACAAGGAAGAUAAAGGAAGUCCCUACUGAUUGAAAGGAUAGCUUUGUCCUAUAAAUUAUAGUGAGAGAUUAAAUAUACUGUGUAUUAUGUGUGCC